AUGACACAACCGAGCAAACGCGCACCCGCCAAACGCCCCGUCCCCCAAACUACAGCUCCCAAAGCACCACCCGCGCCCCGAUCUGCCAAACAGCCCGCAAAGCCCAAGAAAGAGAAACGAUACCCUUUCGACUCCCACCAAGACGACAUCGUAGUGAACAGCACUGAACUCGAGACUCCGGGUUACAGGAGAGGUGUGGAGCAUUACCGCCAUCAAAUUACGCUAAGGAAGACGUAUGAGUGUGUUACUACGGAUUUUGCGGAGGAUAUGAAGAAGACUAUACCCAAGGACGCGCUGACACCUCUCGUGUUUGAGUCACGAGAUGUUGAGGAUGGCGACACGGUCAUCGAUUACACCAGGCUGCCCAAACCGCGAACAAGUCGCCCUGACUACUUGGAGUAUAUCUACCGUGCUACCACCACCAACCCGGCUGUCUUCCUCGCCAUCCUACGUGUCGCAGAGAGGAAUCUACCGUUCAUAAAUUUCGACUCGGCAAUUACGCAUUUGCCCAAUCUACCGCCGAAUGCGCGUCUUCCUGCCAUACCCACGCUGUCAGCUCUAUUGUCCAAUCCUUCUGAAUCGUUCAAGGCGUCCAAGAAGGGAGAUAUGGAGAUGACGAUCCUCUUCCUCCCCCAUCUCUACGAAGACGGCCGCCACGCGAUUGGGUACUACGCGCUCGCCCCUGAAGCAGACCCAGAUGUAAAGCAGUUGAACCCCGAAGACGUCGUUCAAAUCCUCUUCACGCCCUGCACCAUAUCCGAUUUAGUCGAAGCAGGUAGGAAGGAUGGAGAUGCAGGAGACGAAGAAGAACUGGACAUCGAAUACAUAGAGCAUGUGGGUGCAAGGGGAGGCGAGUGGCUGGAGCGAGAUGUAGUAGAAGAUUGGGAGGAGUGGUGUACGAGUUUCCGGGUUGCGAGGAGGGUUUGGGAGAAGGUGCUCAAGGGGGUUGUUGAGGUUAAGGAAGUUGGUGUGGUGAAAGAGGAAGCUGGGAGAUGA